AUCCGAAAAAUCAAACGUAUUGAGAUGAACUGCUGUUUAAUUUUGAGAGAUGUGCCAGAAAAUACGGAGUUGGGGAUCGACAUGAAAUUUUGGCGUACGGGCAAAAAUUUUCGCGGAAUUAAAGAGAUACCUUUGGGCUUUCACUACAUCUAUUUUAGUGCUGUCAAUGCUGAUUGCAAAUCCGGUCAGCGUACGGGAUUCGGCAUCUGGGUAACACAACCGGGCUUUGUUGUCAAACAGUGGAUUCCCGAAGAGGAAGAUUUCAUAGAUGUGCAGCUAAACGCUUCAGAUGUUGAACGAUAUAUGGAGAACUUUGAAGAAAUUUCGUUGUACCUUGGACCUUAUCCGUCGGAAUGUCAUCGAGAUUGGGUUUCUCUAACCAGUCUUAUUACCCCAUGCACCAUCGACCGUUUGUUACCACUAUGCGGACGCGUCCAGUCUUGUACACAAUUUCUGUCCGAGGCAUCUUGUUCACAACAACGUCUGAAUGCAGUUCGGCCGACUCACAAACUCGAGGGCAACACUGCUUCUGGUGAUCUGGAAGACUUGCUUCCCAAGUUGGAUGUAGUUCCUGGGACCGAAGUGAGCUACUGUUUUGGUGUCUAUCUAUUGGAUCUAUCCAUUUACGUCAGAUUCACUCUCAUUCCAAAGAUUCCACUACUUCCUCCUAAUUGUCCACCUGCGGAUGUGACAGCCUACUCAAUGGAUCGAUCCUACACGCUGAACGCUGUGCUGUUGUCAUUGUCCGCUCACGGCAAUCCCGAAUGGAGCCCGAAUCGGAACGCAUUCACCGAUACCAGUUCUGAAUGGGCUGUUGCAAUUUCUCCGAGCGAGACAGAGCUCUUGGCCGAAUUGCAGGGAAGCAGUGCCUUCAAUUUGUUAAUUAUCCAUUACGGAAUCGUCUUUCAUGAAUUCUCUUAUCUUUCAGAUCAUGUGAUGGAUGGAUGGAAUCAGUGGCGUCGAAUUCUUCAAUUAGUCGCCAACUGUGAACAGGCUGUUUGUACUCGGCCACAUUUCUACAUGGGCUUGAUCACUGUGCUCUAUCAUCAGUUGUUCAGUGCGUCCCAAUCACGGCGUGCACAGUCCGACACCGUGGACACCGUGGACACAUCCACGGCCGAAUUGGUCGAUCUGUUCUUCUCGGAAAUCACAUCAUCCGAUCCUAAUUCGCAUUUGACAGAGCCGGCAUUUCUUCCCUCGGUGAUGCGUACACUAUUACGGAAUGUACUCUCAGCGCGUGCCUCGUCUGACGCAUCGGAUGAAAGCAGCGGUUCAAUUAGAACGCGCACCGUUCCUCUGGAAGCACUGCAGAAACGUGCUGAGGGUUUUUGUCACAGUCUUGAGCAACGGUUUCACUGGGGUUUAAAACCGGACGCGUUGAAAAAAGAAUCCGAACCGACGGAAUUGCUAGUGGACGAUAUCGAUUGGGAUGGUGAUGAGGCCCCAACAAUUGUGAAGUUGUGA